CCCCACAGCACUUAAUCACGUCUCAGAGUCACAUUUUAUUUCCUUUCAUUCAGAUUAAAGAUCAGAGGAAGAGCUGGUCUGGACUCCAAACCUUCUCCACUCCUCCAUCUCUGCUUAGCAUACUGUAGACUUAUCCCCUCCAUGUUAACCGUGUGUGUGUGUGUGUGUUUAGCCUGGAGAAACACAGAGCCUCCCUCUGGAGGUGGCGUUAAUGGUAAUGGUGUCGAAACCUUACUGUGAGAACGUGGUGGAGCUGCUAGAAUGGUUCGAGACGUCCGAGUUCUUCAUCCUGGUGCUGGAGCGACCCGAAUACUGCAUGGACCUUUAUAAGUACUGUCGUCUUCGAGACGGUAAGCUGUCUGAAUUAGAGUCUCGGUUUAUCAUGAAGCAGGUGGUCAAGGCCGCCCGUCACUGCUGUGAUCGUGGCGUUUUUCACCGCGACAUCAAGCCAGAGAAUAUUCUCAUCGAUACCGGUUCGCUGGAGGUGAAGCUAAUCGACUUUGGCUGUGGCGACCUGCUCAAGGACGAGGUCUACACCACAUACAUAGGUCAGUUCACAUACAGAGACGAUCCGGUUCAGGAUGUGGUGGAGAAUGGUGUUUUCUGA